AUGUACUUGAAGAUGCUCUGGGUCCACGGGAAGUUCAUUUCAGUCGGUCUUCCCGAUAAGCCUUUGCCGCAGGUCAUGGCGUUCGACUUCGAAGCUAAUGGAUGCUUUAUGGGCGGAUCCCAUAUUGGGAAUAAGAAAGAAGCCAUCGAGAUGUUGAACCUAGCGGCAGCUAAAGGAAUCAAGCCGUGGAUCGAGGAGCUCCCCAUGAAAGACGCUCAGCAAGCAGUGGAGAGGGUCAAACGUAACGAUGUGAGGUACCGCAUCAUAUUGACGCAGGAUCUGGCUUGA